GUCAGUGCAUUUGCCUUUUUUUUUUUUUUUUUUUCCUUUUCUGGGGGGAGGUGGGAGGGUUGGGAAGAUGCAAAGUUCACAGGUUCUUUUCUGUUACCUGAUUAGGGCAGAAUAAACAAAAAUGCUGAAUGUGGAAGAAAUCAGAUAUUGGAGAUACCUGGAAAUAAACUGGAAAUAACCAAUACCACAAGACGAAGCAGCAGUGAACAACAAGACGCUGUGGAAAAAGAAAUCACAAGACGAGAGUGCACAAUGCAUUUCAAAUAGAAAAAAGCUUCCUAUCUGCUGAGUGAGUCUCAGUAUAUUCUGACAGAGCACAGAAAAAGCUUCAAUCAAGUAUCUCCUAGCUGUCUCCAAAAGAAAAUUUUCGAGUACAAAAAGUAAUAUAGAACAGUGCUAAGAUCCUGAUGACAAUACACCAAAACCAAGAAUGGAAGUAAAUUUAUUCAGCAAUUCUACUGUUGUAAACAGUUCAUCCAUCAACCAUAAGCAGUUUGAAGGGCAUAGCCUCUGGGAAGUCAUUACUAUUGCCACUGUAACUGCAAUUGUAAGCUUAAUAACUAUAGUGGGAAAUAUUCUUGUAAUGAUAUCCUUCAAGGUUAACAGUCAGCUUAAAACUGUCAACAAUUAUUACUUGCUCAGCCUUGCCUGUGCAGAUCUCAUCAUUGGAAUAUUUUCUAUGAACCUUUAUACGUCCUAUAUUCUCAUAGGACACUGGUCUCUUGGGAGCCUUGCCUGUGACCUGUGGCUAGCACUGGACUAUGUAGCUAGCAACGCCUCAGUAAUGAACCUCCUAGUCAUCAGUUUUGACAGAUACUUUUCCAUCACAAGGCCUUUAACUUACAGAGCCAAACGCACACCCAAAAGAGCUGGCAUCAUGAUUGGUCUGGCUUGGUUAAUUUCCUUUGUGUUGUGGGCACCUGUAAUCUUGUGCUGGCAGUAUUUUGUGGGUGAACGAACAGUACCACCUGAAGAGUGCCAGAUACAGUUUUUAUAUGAGCCCAUUAUCACCUUUGGUACUGCAAUUGCUGCUUUUUACAUUCCAGUGUCCAUGAUGACCAUUCUGUAUUGCCGCAUCUAUAAGGAGACAGAGAAGCGGACCAAGGACCUUGCUGAACUGCAGGGUUCAGAGUCUGUGGCAGAGUUUGAGAUGAUAAAGCCUCAGAAAGCUCUCCUGAGGUCUUGCUUCAGUUGCAAGCAGCAAAACUUAGUCAAAAGAGAGAGGUGUCAGGCUUCCUGGUCUUCAUCUAGUCGAAGUACAUCAGCUACAGUGAAAGCCUCUCAGACAGCAAGUACUUGUAAUGACUGGGCUAAGGCUGACCCGUUAACAACCUGCAGCAGCUACGCAUCUUCAGAAGAGGAGGAUAAACUUGCUGCUGAUUCAGUUUUCCAAGUAACUUACGAAAGUCCAUCUAAAGGUAAGGCAGAAGAGUUUAAUGAGAGUAUGGAUGUUGUUGUCAAAGACCAACGUGAAGAAAAUGAUUUUGAGAAACAGGAAUACUUUUUAUCACCUGCCAAAGGCCACAUACAAAAGAGUAAAAAAUGUGUGGCCUAUAAAUUUCGGUUGGUGGUUAAAGCUGAUGGCACCCAGGAAGCCAACAAUUGUUGCCGUAAAGUAAAAAUAACUCCUUGCUCUGCUGCUCUGUCAAAGGAUCCUUCCAUCAAAAGCAUGGAUCCAAAUAUAAAUAACCAAAUCACUAAAAGGAAACGGAUGGUUCUGAUAAAGGAACGCAAAGCAGCACAGACUUUAAGUGCCAUUCUUUUGGCUUUUAUCAUCACAUGGACUCCCUACAAUAUCAUGGUUUUGAUCUCCACAUUCUGCUCUGAUUGCAUUCCCCUGACACUGUGGCACCUUGGGUAUUGGCUAUGCUAUGUGAACAGCACUGUUAACCCCAUUUGUUAUGCCCUCUGUAACAAAACUUUCAGGAAGACUUUUAAGAUGCUGCUUUUCUGCCAAUGGAAAAAGAAAAAAGUGGAAGAGAAACUAUACUGGCAGGGCAAUACCAGACUGCCAUAGUUGCUCUUAUAUAAGGGAUAAAGGGGAAAACAGAUAUUGAUGUAACCUGUAAAUUGACUGUAAUUCUGUCUCUUCAAAGCUGUUGCUUUAUAUGUCUAGGGGUUAAAAAUAUUCUGCAGAAAAGUAAAAUUUUGUGUGAAAGCAGUGUGCUUGGGUUAAAGGAGUCAGUGGCUGCUAUGAGCAACACAGAGUGGUUUUGGUUAUGCAGUAGAUCUGCAUUAAAGUUAUUAUAUUUGGG